AUGUCUAACACCACGGCAACUCCUGAAGUGCUCUGGGCCCAGCGCUCCAGCUCUUCCGACGCCUCCAAGAACUUCGUCUACCUUACCAUCUCCGUCCCUGACGUCCCUGCCUCCAACCUCAAGCUCGACCUCAAGCCUACUGGUCUCUCCUUCAGUGGUCACUCCAACACCCUCAAGCGGGACUACGCUGUCGACCUCGAGUUUUACGCCGAGAUCGACCCCGCCGAGAGCAAGAUUAACCACACCGCCAAGAACGUCGAGCUCAAGCUCCAGAAGAAGGAGCUUAAGGAGGAGUACUGGCCCCGUCUUCUCAAGGACUCCAAGAAGGUUCACUUCCUGAAGACCGACUUCGACAAGUGGGUCGAUGAGGACGAGCAGGACGAGGCUGGUGAGGAGGACUUCUCUCAGUUCGGCGGCAUGGGUGGCAUGCCCGGUAUGGGUGGUACGUGCGGCGGCGACUUCGGCGGCAUUGACUUCUCCAAGCUCGGCGGCGGUGCUCCCGGUAUGGAAGACCUUGAUGACGAAGAGGAAGAUGACGAUGACAUGCCCCCUCUGGAGGGCGAGGAGGACGACAAGGCGGCUGCUCCCGCUGCCGGCAAGGCUGCCGAGAAAUAA